AUGGCCUAUCUACCUCAGAAUCAGGUCAAUUAUCAAAACAGCGCCCCGGUGCCUCAAAACACCUAUGCAGCUCAGAAUGCCCUUGUACCUCAAACUAAGGCACCCUCAUCCCUGCGCAGAGACAAUUACCGUAAGCCUCCUUAUCAGCAGCUCGGUAGGGAUGGGCGUCGCCAGUUAUCAACAUUGACAUCAGAUGACAGUGGAUUGAUCACCCAAGUUAUGGACACUGAUAGAUCUCAUGAUCGUCCUUAUGAUUCUACUCCUGUUUCCUUGAAACAUAUUCUUCAAGCUGUUGAUGUCAUUUUCUCUCGUGUCACCAAACCUGAUGUCCAUGCCAACCUUCUAGUUCCAGGAUCAGCAGUAGUACCCACAGGUGCACAUACAGAAGCUUUGGAACAUCAUGAGAAGGCUCUCCUUGCUAGCCUGAGUAGCCUUCAUGACAACUAUGAAAUUCCAGUCAGCCUAUUUAAUGCAAUUUCCUGCGAGAUAUUCUGCAAGUGGAUGAGUGGAGAAGAUGCAAACAAGACAACAAUGGACAUUCUACACAUCGUCCAAAAUUAUGACUGGGAUGAGAAGGUGGUGCUUGCCUUGGGAGCUUUCUCUGUGAAAGAUGGUGAAUUUUGGCUUGUGGCUCAGCUUUACAACACCAACGUACUGGCCAAAGCUGUUGGAACACUGAGACAGUUGCCGGAGAUACUCGAACGCACCAGCACUGUUCUGAAAUCAAAGUUUGAUGCCUACAACAAUUUGGUUACCACCGUGUUCAAAGUGACCAAGUGCAUUGUUCAGUUACAGGAGGUUCGCCGUGAUCCGCACUUGACCCCUGAACUAGAAUCUACCACCUCCGGUACUGCUCAUAUCCCCACAGCUGUUUACUGGACAAUUCGGAGUAUUGUCAUUGCUGCAUCACAGCUUUUGGGGAUCACAGGCAUGGGUCCAGACCACGUAACUGAAGCAUGGGAACUAUCAUCCUUGUCCCAUAAGCUCGAAAAUAUACACAGCCACCUUCAGGAGACCCUCAACCGAUUAUAUGAUAUUAUCCAGAGGAAGAAAGACGACGAAGCUUUAGCUGCAAUUGCAUACAUCUUAGAAACACCACACGUUGAUAACACCAAGACUUUGAGGGUUUUAUUUUACAAGGAUGAUCAGCCAGCACUAUACGAUGGCUACAACAAGAGAAGGGUGGACGUUGAUGUGCUGAAGAGGAAAGUUGUGAUACUGUUCCUUUCAGACCUAAACGUGGCUCAAGAGAACGAGUACAUGAUUGCCGAUCAAAUGUACUCGGAAAAACGCCAGUUCCCGACAAGGCCAGAGAGCCAGUACGAGAUCGUCUGGGUUCCCAUUGAGGACAACUGGACUGAAGCCAAGUACCAACAAUUCGAGACCCUUAGAAAUGGCAUGGAAUGGUACUCCGUGUACCACCCUUCAGUCGUCUCUCCCACUGUGAUCCGGUACAUCCGAAAGCAGGACAAAUGGAACUUCGUGAAGAAGCCUCUGCUUGUGGUUAUGGACCCUCAAGGCAAAAUUGUGCACACCAAUGCUGUUCACAUGAUGUGUGUCUUUGGAAGCGCAGCUUACCCAUUCACCAACAACAGAGAGAGGUUGCUCUGGGAAGAAGAGAAAUGGAGGAUUGAACUUUUGGCAGACUCCCUCGAUCAGAAUUUAGUUACCUGGAUUCACGAAGGGAAAUACAUUUGCUUGUAUGGUGGAGAAGACAUAACUUGGAUCCGGGAGUUCACAAGGGCUGCAAAAAGUGUGGCUUUAGAAGCUGGGAUCCAGUUGGAAUUACUAUACGUGGGGAAGAGCAAGGCUAAGGAGCAAAAGUUGAAGAGCAUCAUGAGAAUGAUUGAAGAAGAGAAGCUAAGCCACGUCCUUCACUGGAACCUCAUCUGGUUCUUCUGGAUUCGUCUAGAGAGCAUGUGGCAAUCCAAAGGACAGCAACUUAAGAACGAGCUCUUAAGCUCAAGUCAGCUUAGCACCACAGACAGUUUCAGUCUGAGAAACGACCCUGUCUUGAAGGGCAUCAUAUCACUGCUGAGCUUCGGUUCCACCGAGCGCGGUUGGGCAGUGAUCGGGACUGGUUCUGCAGACAUGUCUAAGGCUAAUGGGGAACACAUGUUGAGAAGCUUGAAGGAGUACUCGGCGUGGGAGUUAAAGCGUCGAGAGUUAGGGUUUACACCUGCACUGAAUGACCAUCUAGCUGGGGUGUAUAAGAGUGCCCCCCAUCACUGCACCAAUCUCAUAUUGCCUGCCACCGGACUCAUGCCUGAGACGGUGGCCUGCGCUGAAUGCGGUCGUCUCAUGGAAAGGUACACCAUGUUCCGCUGCUGCACCGAUUGA